AUGAACAGCGUCGGGGAGGCUUGUACGGACAUGAAACGCGAAUACGACCAGUGCUUCAAUCGCUGGUUUGCUGAGAAGUUCCUUAAGGGGGACGGCUCCAGAGAUCCGUGCACCGAACUCUUCAAGCGCUACCAGCAGUGUGUUCAGAAAGCAAUCAAGGAGAAAGAGAUUCCCAUUGAAGGACUGGAGUUCAUGGGCCAUGGCAAAGGGAAGCCUGAAAGCUCUUCUUAAUCUUGACAGACACCUUGCAGCUGUAUCCCUCACAUCAGGAAACUGAGGACCCAGGAAUUGUGUCAACUAAUAUUGUGAACCCAGCCGUUGCGGUUUGCCGCGGGGUCCAGGAGGGCACAG